AUGUCUGAACUUGAUAGAGAAGUCCGUGUUCGCAAAGAUGUGCUCCGAGUAUUUAAUUUGAGAAGAGAAAAUUUUGCAACACUACGAGAAUAUAAUGAUUAUUUGGAAAAAGUAGAGGAUAUUAUAUUUGAUUUGGCCUAUUCCAACGACAAUGAAGUAAAACUCAAGCGACAACGAGAAAUUGAUGAAUUCAAACAAGUGAACAAAAAUCUCAUUGCAAAGAAUAGAGCCUUACAAGAAAAUGAAUACAAACAAAAGAAACUUGAAGAAGAACGAAAGUUAAUGGAAGCGGAAGAAAGAAAAGAAAAAGAAGCAGUACACAAACAUUUACAAGAAAUUACUAUGCAGGAAAAACAAGAAGAAAAAGCAGCCUCUACCAGUUUUAUGGGUAUUUUCCCAAGCCAAUUACAGAAACGACAACCUGCACCAAAGAUGAUUAUUCAAACCGCUGAGCCUUAUUCCAAGCUUUCAAAGGAAGAUCAACGAAGGUUUGAAAGAGCUGCUGGAUACUCUGCAUCGUUUGUUUUGGAAAGAGCCAACCAAGAAGCAUACCGUUUAGUGUUGUAA